UUCCAACCACCACCUCCAGAGACCUCCAGGGAGAGGAGCCAGUGCCGGUCGCCGCGACCAGGAACGUGAGUACGGACUGAUGCCAAGGAGGCACAGCACGGGCAGAACUACACCAGGUGGAGGGCCAGAGGGCAUCGCGGACCUGUUCUCCAUCUCAUCACCAGACCAUUCAAGCGCUCCCUGGCAAUAAGCAGCCAGGAGGGCAUCCACUCAUUCCCCGGCAGAAAGCAACAGCCACAGAAGAUCCCGCUCCUCCUGCUGCCGCCACCCAAGCUCCCGGGCAUGGCCUUCAAUACCACCCCGCAAAAGAUGUCCAGCUCCCAGGCGGCCCCUGAGAGGGUCGGGGUGCGGGAAUCGGUCAAGCCCCGUGAGACCCUCCGGGACCUCCUCUACGGUCCGAAGUCCCAGAGGGCCAGUUCCACACCCACCACGACCCACCGGGACUCCUUCCAGCCCUGGAACGCGGAGCCCCCCAUCUUCUACGGCGAGAAGCCCUCCGAGGCAGGGAAGCUCCUGUCCCCCAACAAGAAUGCGGAGCUGGAAGCCACAAGCCAGAAAGACCACUGCAAGACGCAAGAGGUGCAGCCAGUCCCCCCAAAGAGCCUGGCAUCUAAUCUAGCUUUCCAAGGCGAACAUGACAUGUGUACCACCCACCAGCUGUCUUUCCAGCCCCAGACCGUCGGGCCCCCCAAGUCUCAGGCCCCGAACUGGGGCCAAAGCGAGAUCCUGGGUCCCCGAGCCCCCAUGGACUGCAUCACGAUCUACCAGAAAGACUUCCCGGCCCCCAGCCGCCUGCCACCCCCCGACAACCUCGGUCCCCACUGGGGGAACAGCAUGGACUCCCAAACUUCCUGCAAUUGCUGGCCAAUCUGGCCGGGUGAGCCGGGGUGCCAGGGGAUGGCUGGGUUUGACGAGAACGCGGUGACCAAGGCGGCGGGCAUUCAGGUUCCAUUAAACCACCGGCCCACCAUGCAGAGUAGUCUUGGGGCUAAGAUGAAUGAAGGAACGAUGUCAAGCCAGGCCCCGCCGGUCCACGCGGGCAGUGAGGGAGAGCAGACCUUCUCCGCCGUGCACAGGAAGAACUUCAGGACGACCCAGCAGCCCUCCAGCUUGAUGCAGGCUUACGUGUCCUGGCAGCAGGAGCAACAGAGAAGCCCAUUUCCAUCAUCGCCCCGGCCUGAUACACCCCAAGGCGCCUGCCCCCCGGCCCAGCCCCCUGCAAGGAGAGAGGGGCGGCCCUUAGCGGGCGGCCCGCUCCCCCAACGGGCCCCUUCCCGCCAUUCCAGCUGGGGCGGCUCCCCAACCAAUUAAAACCCAAGCACUCGGGAGGUU